AACUGCGCGUGCACAGAACGUCGAGUUGGUCACAUCAGCGAGAUACAGAUACAAAUUUGUGUGAGAUACUCGUACGCAACUACAACAACAAGAAACAAGCAGAAUAACAAAAGCGAAUUGCAGCUGCAAACUGGAAUUUAGCCAAUCGACAACAACAUUUUGUGUGUUAAGUGAAAAACUAAAGAAACUUGAAGCUGAAAACAACAAAAUAAAGCUGCAACAAUUCAAAAACUUUCGAAAUCUAGCAACAUAGAAAAGUAGUUCAAGCGUUUAUUGUUGUUGUUGUCGUCUAAGUUGCCGUUGCAAAUUUGUGAAACGAAAAAAAAAAAGAAACAAGCCAAUACCUUCGUGUACCCCUGUUCGCCGCCCACUGUUCAGUAGUGAAAAGAUACAGAUACAAAGUUGAGAUAGAGAUAUAUCGAGAGAGAGAACGAAUGAGUGAACGCGCGUGAUAGAAAGAGAAACGAGACCAAGCCAAGCGAAAGCGAAACGCCACAAAGUGCAAUUUCUAUUUUUCGCGAAAAGCACAACAAAAUAAACACAAAAACACAAAAGAGAAAAGCAAAAUACAUCGUCAACAACAACAAUUUGGAAUCGGAAUUGCAACGCAGGAAGUUCCAUAAACACAAAACGCAAAAACGAAAAGAAAAGAAAUUUAUAAACAAAGAUAUAUCAGCGGAUGUCGUCGGCGAUUUGAGCAAAGCCAUAAAAGUAUUACAGCGAUUUUUGGAUUAAACCUAAAAACUAGUGACCGAUUGUUCCUCUUUCUGUUUGUGUGUGUGUGUGUGCGAGAGUCCAGCAGAAUGCAAGUGGAGGCCAGUUACCCGAAAUACGCCGGACGCGUGCCGCCUUUGGAUCUGUCGCAAGUCAACGCUGGCCAGGAGCAGCAACUGCAACAGCUGUGGGCCACAAAUGCGGCUGUGGCAGCAGUUGCGAUGAAGCAACGUCAUCAUCCCUAUCAAGUGCUAAGUGAUAAGUGUCGCAGCGGUGCGAUGGCAGUGAUCAGCGAUGACAACAACAACAACAGCAGCAUCGCCAACGGCAACAGCCAAACGAACCUGCACCAUCAUUCAAUGGGCUCCGAUGGUCUGCCCCUCGAUCCGCGCGAUUGGACGCGUGCCGAUGUCUGGAAAUGGCUCAUCAACAUGGCCGUCUCCGAGGGUCUCGAGGUGACGCCCGAGCUGCCCCAGAAGUUCCCCAUGAACGGCAAGGCGCUGUGCCUGAUGAGCCUCGACAUGUACUUGUGUCGUGUGCCCGUCGGUGGCAAGAUGCUCUAUCGUGAUUUCCGUGUGCGACUCGCUCGCGCCAUGACGCUGCUCUCCUAGCUGCUAGCUGACUAGCGAACUGACUAUCACCUAACCAGGUUGUACAUAUACAUAGUAUACAUAAUAUCUUAUAAAUAUAGAGAGUACUAUAUACAUAAAUACUAUAUAUACACUUUAGUUAGUUUCGUCUUAGCCCUAACUAGUCGCUAGUGCUCCUAGUCUUAAGCCUUAGACCUAAAACGCAUUUGCUUAUUCGCUUAAGUGGUUGAAGAAGCCACCUGCCCAGCUCUGGGUUGAUCUGCUCAAGGCGGGUGGACUUCAAAUGCUGUCCUAUUAGUCAUUUAAGUUCCAUACAAUGAAAAUAUAAAAUGAAAUUUUAU